AUGUUUUCGACAAGUUCUGUGGCAGUUGAUCCUCUUAUUGUUCAAAUCAACGAAGAAAUGGAAGAACUUGAACCAAAUGUUAAAACAACACAGGAAAAUUUAGCAGAAUUAGAUAAUUUAGUUCCGAAAAAUUUAUUAUCAGAUAUUUAUAGAUUUAGAACUGAUUUAGACAAAAUUAAUAAAGACAGAGAACGCAGAAAUCUAUUUAAGCAUCGAGUUGACGAAAAAAGCUCCUUAUAUGACUUAGAAACAAAACUUCGUGAUUAUACACUCGAAAAUGUAAGAAAAUCCUUUUUUGAUUUGGAAGAUGAGAUAACUGCCAAGGAAACUGAAGAACCAGAGGAUGAUGAUCACAUUAAAGCAAUAAGGCAAAAAGAGAAAUCAAUUUACAACGACACUCUCAGUAAAAUUUCAAAUAUCAGCAAUAAAUUUGAUACUGCCAAGUCUUCAAGCUCUAAAUUCGAACUUGUUCCGCAAUUUGACACAUCAAAAGUUGAAAAAGAUUCAGAAUUCUUAAAUACUCUCGUAAAAGAACUUAAAACAGAAAUAGAAAGAUGCGAAAACGAUAUUCAAGUAAAUGGGAGAUUCCAAAGCAAGUUUGGAAUUCAAAAAACUACUGAAUUUGAGGUUUUAGAGGAUGAAGAUGUAGAUGCAAACGGUGAGAGAAUUUACAAAGUACCAGAUUUAUCCAAUCAGUUCAACAGUACAUAUGGAGAUGCCCAAGGAAUCAUUUCAUCACUAAAUAACGAAUAUUCAAAUUUAGAUUUACAAUUUUCAAUGAUAUCCGAUAAAAUAAACAAUCUUAAGACUAAACUUAAAGAAACAGCAACAAAUCAAGAUGAUAUUGCUGUUGUUCUUCGUGAAACUGAAGAUAAAGCUUUAGAAACACUUACAAAAUCAGAUGAAAUCACUGAGAAUUUAAAGAAGAAAGAUUAUAGUAGCGAGAUAUCGUCGAUACAAGAAAAACUUUCAUUAAAUUCUAAGGAAAUUAAAUCAUCUUUGGAUGAAAUCCGUUCAAUUGUUGAUAUCUUAGAGUUACAGACCAAUGAUAAUUAUAUGUAA